AACUUAUGUUGCCCGCUGGCGUCAUGUUUCAUCUUGUCCUGCGAGUAUGAACCACGCAGCCAUACUGCUUAACCACUCAGUGUUCCUGGACAGAAAAGGGGACGAGCUUCUCACCGCAACGUUUCGGUGCACACGAGAUGCACAGAGUUUCACCAGCAUGACGUGGAUCAUCCGUCGGUGCAGAGGUACUACAGACCAGUGCGAGCAUUUUUCAAGAAUUGAAUGGAAGCAUGAUAUUUGCCCGAUGUUGCCCGUUAAAAAUGCCAUAUGGUCGUCGAUUAUUGAACAAUGGGAACCCCGCAUGAUAUGUCCUUUUAAAAAGGCAAUAUACACAGGAAGAAACAUGACGUUCGACUAUGAUUUGGUUUCAUCUGCUCUUGGCGUUCCGAAUGCAGCUGGUGUUUGGGGCUUAAAAGUUUUUUUACGUGAUGAAUGCAGUCUUGUGCACGUCUGCUUUGAAGUUUUCCUAGAUUUAAUUAAAAUAAGACGAAAACACUACUUCUCGAUCUUUUGA